AAGACAAAGGGCGUUAUGUAAGGUUACCCGGCCGCUUUUGCGUACGUGUAGCACGCACGCACGCACGCUCGCACGCACUCGUCGUAAAGUUCCCAAAUGCAGCCAAUGAACGAGCAACAAAUGUGCAAACUUUCGAAGCGCCAUUGAAGAUGACGGCGAUUGAGAGCUUUAUAGGAAGCUCGCUCGCUCGCUGAGUUUAUUUCGGCUCGUUCUGUUCAGUGGAUUCGCCUGCUCGCAUCUCUUCACGCAGCUUCCAGCACCAGCAGGUCCGAACGCUCCCUCCCUUCCUAGUCAUCCUCGAAAGAAGAUGAACUUCUCCAAGCUGCUGUGCUUGGUGCUCGUGUACAGCGAGCAAUUUGGGCAAGUGCUGGCAGCAGCAGCGCACACAGGAGCCGUUUGCACCGGUGGUAAUACUCCCGUGACGUGCAAGCGCAAGAAGGGACAAGACGUAAAAUUGAAAGUCACAGGCGCCGGAACAAUCACCUGGAAGAAGGGGGGGGUCCCAGUCGAGAAAACAAAUCCUAAAUACGAAGUAGAUGACAGUGAAAACUCUCUGAAGAUCAAGACCCUGGCAGAAGACGACGAGGGAGAGUACACGGCCGGCGGCACCUCACCAGAGCAAAAGUUCCAGGUCCAAGCGGUGGACUGCUUGGGUGGCAAAUCCCCCGAUCCAGCCGGCCUGUGCCAGGGCAAGCCGGGUGGCAUCAUCAAAUUGGGGCUCACACAAGGAGAUGCCUUCCCACUCGCCUGGAAGAAGGCUGGGAGGAAAAUUGUGGACAAUACUAACAAGUACGACGGACUCGAAGCGGCUACCCUGACGAUCAAUAACCUGGACGACGAAGGCGACGAUGCAGAGUUCACGGGCGGCACCAACGGCGAUGGAGAAAAGUUUUCCGUCCAAGUGGCCGACUGCUUUGGCGCCACGGGAACCGUGAAGUGCCCCGGCAAGCUGGGAAAAAAACUCAAAUUGAGAAUCUCAGCCGCAGUUGCUGGUUCUGAAGUCAAAUGGGAGAAAGAGGGCGGCAAUCUCCCCGUAGAUAAGAAGGAAGUAGGGGAAAAGCAUGAAGGUCUGAAACUCCCGGGCCUAACAGCAGCCGACGUGGGAACCUACAAGGCCACCUACAACUCCAACAAGGUGGUGGUGUCCUUUGCUGUCAGCGUUCCGGAUGAGUCAGGAACCAGUGAGGACAAAAAGGCAACUGAGAAGCCCAAGGAAGGCAGCGGCGUCGGCGGCCUGUCCUACUCACCUGCUCUGCUGGUGACGGUCACCCUGGUGCAUCUGCUGCUUCAGCUGGCCGCCUAGAAGAUAGCAAGCCGAAGGCGGAGGGAGAAAAAGUGACCCCUGCAUGCAUUCUGCCAUUGAUUUGCCACUAUAGGCGCAUUUAGUCAUUAAGCUUACAUUUACCACUGUAGGUGCAUUUAGUUCAGUUUUGCCACUAGGCGUAUUUAGUCGUUGAUUAAGCUUACCUUUGCCACUCACUGUAGGCGCAUUUAAUCAUUAAUUUUUGGCUUAGGUUUGCCACUGUAUGGGCAUUUUGCUUUCGAUUGAUGAUGCUUCACUACCCCCCCCCCCUAUAAUCAAUAAAAUGAUCAA